GCUGCCAACAAUCACCAGACACUGCCUGACACUCCUGCACUCUGCCUGACACUCCCACUCGUUGUUUCGCACUUUCCAGUCUCCCACACGCAGUUUCCUAGUCUCCCACACGCUACCUGACACUCCCACACGCUGCCGAGGCUGACACCAAGGAUUUUAGGUACAUAUAUACCUACCUUCCUUGACUGACACUGGCUGGCAUUAUUCUGGGCAGAGAUCACUUGUUGGGUGAAGCACCAACACACACCAGGAAUGCACACAUGGUGACACUGAUUAUUCUUUGUGAAGUUUGAUUCUUUUGAGCCUGACAAACACUGCAUUCCCACCAGCACUUCAUCCCACCACAGUUUAUAAUGACACUAAUCAAGUGAAGGUGGUCUGUUUUUUCAUAACACCAAGAAUGAGAAAUAUUUGUCCAGUUUUAUGAAUGACUAGAAACAAAGUGUGGCCAUGACAGAACUUGUGUUUGGUGUGAAGAGCUAUGCCAGUGGCUACCUUCAGCACUACAGCCUCCUCUCCUUGACUAACAAGUCCUGACGGAGACCUGUGGGCUGUAAUCCUGCCAGAAAGCACUUCAGCCUGCAAAUCAACUGCAUGAGGGACCAAAUAAAACCCAACGCUUAAUGAUGCUCAGAACCAUUAUGGCAACAUUCAUCAUAAGGGAACAGCUGUUUGUGAAACUCUUGGAUUAGUUAUUAUCAGAUCUGCAAAAACAUUUUCUUUCUCAGUUUUUAAUUACUCAAUGAAAACUAUCUAACCUUCCAGAGGCUUAGAACUUUACUCUAUACUCUUGAAAUUGCUUAAUACUAUUCUAUCUUAGCUUGAUGUGUACAUGUGCUUAACAUAAGUGCUGAAAGAUCAAAGUUAGAAAUAUAAAAAUUGCAUACAUCAUUCAAAGAGUAGACUUACCAUAGAGUAUAUUGAGUAUAUUCUGUAAAAUGAAACAAAAUUAUCUUGCUGUUUGCAUGAUUUGUACUGUAAUACAUGUCUCUUUAAUGAAAACCUCUGAAGGAAGACAACAACAGCAUGAAGAGCACUUGGAAGAAUACUACAAGAUUCAAACAAAUUUGGACGAAUAUGAAGACUUUGUAGAGGAAGAUGUUGAAGACUGCCGUGAGGACAAGCAGUUGCCAGUCAUUCUGUGGUGGACUCCCUUCACUGGUGUUCUUGGCCUGUCCCGCUACUGCACCCUGGGGAACUGCUGCCUCACUCAGGACCGCAGUUUGAUCCACCAGCCCAAUGUUAAAGUGCUCCUCUUUUAUGGCACUGAUUUUGAUCCCACUGACCUUCCACUGCCCCGAAAGAAGGACAUUUGGUGGGGACUCUUACACGAGGAGUCUCCUAAAAACAGGCCAAUAUUGAAUCAUCCUCCUGUUGUAGGGUUGUUUAAUAUUACUGGAACCUUUAAAUGGGAGAGUGACUUCCCUCUUAGUCUCCAGUUUCUUCCUUCCCUUGACUCUCUCACCUCCAAGGAAGAGUUUGUACCUACUAAGAAGAAAAAUGAGUUUCUGGAGAGUUAUUUGGGUUCAGAAAAAAGUGACGAAUUACAAAAUGUUAAUUCAAAAGAAAGAGUAUUCACUGCAGAAAAGAAGGAAUCAGUAAAUGGUAAUAAUGCUCAAUUCCCAAAAGGCUCAGCUAGCACAAAAAACAAAGGACCUGUAGAUGACAAAAUUGAAAAAUCUUUUGGAAAAAUUGCUCCACUUGUUUAUAUUCACUCAGACUGUGACACUCCAUCAGAACGUGAUAAAUAUAUGAUGGAACUCUCUAGGUACAUCAAGGUAGACUCCUUGGGGGACUGUCUUAACUCAAAAACACUGCCACCUCACAUUGCGGAUGCUUCACAUUUUAAUCAUCCAGAUUUUUGGCGCAUUCUGGCUAGGUACAAAUUUACACUGUCAAUGGAAAACUAUGGAUGUGAUGAUUAUAUUACUGAAAAGUUUUGGCGCCCAUUAAUGGUAGGAUCUGUUCCAGUGUACUGGGGAUCACAAAGUAUAACAGACUGGGCUCCAAAUGAGAGAUCAGUCAUUAAAAUAUCAGACUUUGCUUCCCCUAAGGACUUGGCAGAUUAUCUCCACCUUUUACUGAGAGAUGACUCUUUGUAUGAAGCUCACCUGACACACAAGACUCGGGGGGAAAUAACAAAUUUGAAACUGAUUGCUGCAAUGAAUGAACGCCAAUGGGGUCUUGAUGAUUUGGAGAGGGGCAGUUUUAUAGAUCAUUAUGAGUGUUUUGUCUGUGAUGAGAUAUAUCGCAGCCACCCACACUUGACUAGCAGGACAAGCUAUGAGACAAAAAUUGCUGACACAAGACACUAUGGCUGUCCAGAACCAAAGACAGUGUUGACGGACAACAUAAACGAAAAAAGUUAUUGGUUAGAGGAAUAUGAAAAGUCUAAAACUGAAGCUGAGGUUUUGAGUAAUCUCUUAAAGUAUAACAAGCCCUUUUCUGAAGAUGAAUUUUACACCAGAGUAUUUAAAGGUUUGAGGACCAAGGGAUUCUUUCGUAGAUUUCCCCCCAAACAUGAUGAAUUCUGAUCCUCUUUUAUAAGGAGUUGGUAUCAGAAAGUAGCCUGAAUGUAUUUGAGAGAAAAGAUGGUAUGUUUGCCUAUAUGUUCAUAUGUGUGCAUCUAUCUUUUUACCUCUAUACCCAUAUAUUUCUAGAUUGGUAUCUAUUUAUGUACAAUAAUGAAUGUUGCUACAGUAUAUAAAAAAAUAUUUAAGA